AUGUCUCUCAAUUUUGACAGUUACGCAGCCUCCCAACGGCAACGAUUGGAUGAAAUACGACGCGCAACCGAGAAGGAGCGACAGUUGCUCGCCUUGCAUGCUGGUAGAAUGUCACACAGUGUGGAUACCAGUCCAACUGCACCUAGAGAUUUUGCAUUACAACAGAGUGCGAGUCAUGAGAGUAGUCGCUGGCUCUCGCUUAAUGACAGAGCUAUGGAAAUGCAUGCGUUGGAUGAACAGCUAACAUUAGAGGAACGCGAUUUGGAUAAACAAUUUUUUGAACUUGAUCGUCGCUUGAAUGCAGCUGAGCGUCGAAAGACAGAGUUGCUAUCACAGCUCACACUUUUGCAGCACCGAGAGGCACUGAUAAAAAAACAAGAGGAACAACUUGAGGAAGAAGAGACGGGUGCUGAGAGAGAGACUAGACUGUUAGAGACAUUUGCACAAGAAGUAGAUGAGGAACAGCGUUCUCAUAACGUCCGUGUGAGUGAGAAACGUGGUCGAAUUGAUGUGGCAAAGACAGCUGCUCGUGAUCAGCAAAAAAAGCGUGAGUCACUGGAAGCACGAACCCGCUCUCAUGUUGAUGAGAUUCAAGAUCGUAUUAGACACCAUCGCACAGAGCUUAUGAAUCGUACUAGUGCACUUAACGAUAAAGAGCGGUGGUUACGGCAAGAAGAAUUGAGGAUUCGGGAAGAGGAGUUAUCUGCCAUCUACCGGCUUAGGAAAGAAAUUGAGUCCAUGACACUCUCUCUUUCUGGUGGAGAUGCUACACGUCAGUAG